UUAAAUUGAAUAUUUGCGGUGUUUGUACCUGACGAUAAUAAUUGCUUUUAAUUUCAAUUAUUCGAAGAAAAUGGUCAAUAAAAGCGAUAAUAGUGAACGUGAAGUUAGCGACAAGAAACGUAGAAAAACCUCGCCCAAUGAUCCAUCUCCCACAAAGCUUUCUAAGGAAGAUUUGUACGCCCACACGAUCGCUUUCGAGGAGCAGGAAGCAGCAAAAAGAUCGCCAGAUAAAGAUGCUCUUCUUUUUCAUAGUACAUGCGACGAGUUACGGAAGUUGUUUGAUGAGAUAGCAUUGUUGAAAAAAGACGACUCCGAGGAUGCGAAAACUAAAGUUACGGAGAAACGAAUUGAGGGGUCGUUGGCUUUUGUUGUCCUGAAAAAGCUAAACCGUCUAGAUAAGGUUCGAAUCAGAGACGGCAAGGAUGCACUGCAUAAGGAAAAACUACGAGUCGAUAGUAAUCGUUUACAGUUGCAAAAUUUACUGUACGAAGCGGAGCACUUGCGAAAAGAAGUUCAGAGAUGCUAUCUGUUCAAAAGUCAGGAUGAGGAAAUUGAGCUGGUUCCAGUGGAGGAGUUCUAUGAGAAUGCACCGGAAACAAUUUCCCGUCCAGAUAAAACGAAGAACGAUGAGCACGCACGGCGCAUUGCCCGUCUUGAGUGGGAGCUGCAACAGCGAAAGGAACUGGACGCGUUAUGCAAAGAGUUGCAUGCAUCUAAAGCAAAGGUGGCGGAAGAGAUAGUUUCCAAAACCGAGAGACUAGAUUCACUUGCUCCCCGCUUGAAGGAGUUACUUGUUGCAACACGACCAUUGCAAGAGGCGCUCGAUAUGCCGAUCGAAAAAGGAUGGGAAAUUCAAAAGACGGUUCGUUUACUGGUACAACCGUUAUACAUGAUGUAUGCAAAUGUUACGGCGUACGGCGAGGCUUGUGAUCAACUAUUGUCGACUUCUGUUCAAGGUGACGAGGAAGAAGCACGACAAGCAGAGAUUACUGGGAACUUAGAUUUUGAAUCCGAGGACGAUGCUGAAACUGAUAGGGAGACAACUCGUGGUAGUUACAACCGUCGUAAAUCCACUAAGCAGCAGGAUCCGCUGAAGCAAAAGCGCAAAGCUUUGGUCAAACCUCAUCCUCUCAGUGUGAAUGUAAUGAUAAAGAGUAAGGAUGGCAAACAGUCAUUGGCGCUUACAUUUCAGUACCUUCCAAAUGCUGGUUUUGUGACGGUUAAAUGUGCGUUAGUCGAUUUCGAAGUAACAGGCGUAGCAGCCGGUGAUGUUAUGUCACAAGAAAACAUCCUAAAUGAGUUGUUUCCGGAUGACAAUGGAGAGUGCAGUCCUAAUCCGAAAACUAAAUUUCAACUGCAGGAGGUUGGGAUUAGUAUGGAAAAGUUUAUCCCAAUGAUGAGAGAGAAAGAAUUAGGUAAACCCUACAAGUGGGCACAGGAGCUGUGCGGUAUUGAAUUCGCAGACUCAGCUGAAAGGUUUUUAGUUGCCAGCGAUAAAUGGCAGAAAACGAUUCCAACCAUUAUCAAAGCUAUCCGUACACGGUGGGAAGCACGACUUCGAUUGUAUCAACAAAUACAUGAGCUUGAGACUGGGACAGUAGACACGAGCAUUAACACGGAACAUAACAGUCCAAUUCGCAUAUCUAGCACAUUGGUGCAGUGGACAGCACUCUCGUUUUCGGAAUACGUUGCUGCAAAUGUUACCACAAAAUUCGUUGAGCAACGUAACUCCAGUGGAAAUGAUCUAUAUUUUCGAGCGAUUAUCACUCGUGGGUCUGCUAAACUCGAAUGCUACAUUUGCGUACCCUGUGACUUUCCAGAUAGCACACCACUGUGGUCUCUAUCGCUGAAUUGGAAUGGAAAACAUUCAGCUACUGACAACGCUGCUGUAAGGGAUAUGGAAUACUGGAUAAACAGUUUGCAAGCUCCAAAGUAUCCAAAAAAUAUUUUAUCACUGCAACUGAAGCGGACGAUGUCAUGUUUGGACAUCUAUUUGGAAACGGAAGGACCGCUGCAUACACCAGCCGAAUUUACUCAGGAUAAAACGUAUCUGAAACCGUUUCGUGGUCGUGCUCGAUCACGACCAUAUCGUAUUGUAUCGAACGGUAGUUCUGUUUUUACACAAAUUUAAACAACUUCAUUUUACAGUCUAGUGAUAUAAGAUACUUUGGCUUUCUACAGUUUCUUAUAAAAGCGUUUCAGAAAAACAUGCAGUGCUGUUUAAAAAUAUCACAAUAACAAUUUCAAUAAGGUGGAUUUUUUUAAUUUUUUAUUUUGCCGAAUUGUAAUUUUCUUCGCUAAAUGUUCUAUUAGACGAACUUCAAUGUUUCCUUUUGUAAUAAUAUUAUGAAGACAUAUAACAUAGAACCUUUUACCUGCUUCAUCUUAAACGAUGAUUGUAGUUGUUCGUUAGCCAAUACUUAUAUGAUUAAAUCGAGUUCAUAUUACGUCAGAUCGACUUGAACUGUCCUACAGUACGGUCGCAUUUUACCAACAGCUCGAGGCUAAGUCUUAGACUACCGAGAGAUAUUAAAAUUUUGUUUUUCGCUUUCAACAGGCAAUCUUUUAAAAAGACUACCUGUUGAAAGACAAAGUAAUAAAUUUGUUUUUAAAGUUAACGAGUGUUUAGUGAAUAAA